UACAACCAGUAUUAACGUAGACGUCUACAACGUCGGAGUGUGCCACAAAGUCAAUCAUUACAACUGGGAACAUGCUUUUCAAAUAAAAGUUUCGUUUUAAUCUCAAAUUAAUUGAGCUAAAUACUGAUAACAUUCAGUCUAUUCAGUUUAUUACGUAUUAUCGCAUCAGACAUAGUGUUUUCAUAGUCUGUUCAACAACUACUAAUUCUCAACAAUGACAAAAUGUUGUUUACCUCAGCGUAUCGUACUCGCCGUUAUGACAUUCCUCGGCUUCAUGACCGAGUACAUGAUGAGAAAUUUGCUCAGCAUCGCAAUCACACAAAUCGCCAAGAAAACGUACACAAAUGAUUCGAUUAUUUCGGGCGAUGUUUGUCCUAUUGAUAAUGAAACAAUCGUAGAUGAUAAUGACGGACAAGGUGAUGCGGAUGGCUUGUAUGAAUGGAACGAAACCAUUCAGGGUGUUAUAUUGUCAUCGUUUUAUUGGGGAUAUAUCGUUACGCACAUACCCGGAGGAAUUCUAGUUGAACGAUUCGGUGGAAAAGUUUUGUUAUUGUCGGGCAUUGUGGCAACAAGUGUUCUAACAUGUUUGACACCAGUGUCGAUUACGUACGGUGGCGCAUAUUUAUUAGUUGCGAAUCGAGUUGUUAUGGGACUCUGUCAAGGUUUUAUUUAUGCGGCAGUGUUCGGACUACUUUCGACUUGGAUACCAUUGCGCGAACGAACCACAUUGGGAGUGUUUGUCCUGAGUGGCAUUCAGUUCGGUUCCAUACUUUCGACCUAUUUGUCGGGUGUUCUGCUUCAGAAUAUGGAUGGCUGGGAGUGGCCAUUUUACAUUUACAGUAUCAUUGGAACCGUGUGGUGUCUGGCAUUCGCAUUAUUCUGCUCAAAGGAUCCUGAGUCUAACCGUUUCAUCUCGGAGAAGGAAAAGGCUUAUUUACAACAAGAAAUCGGCACGCUUCGUCGAGAUGUGGACUUGCCGUUGGCACCGUACAGGGCCAUUCUGACAAGUGUUCCCGUAUGGGCAAUAAUAAUUAGUCAAACUGGCAUCGACUUUUCAUUCUAUGUAAUGACAACCGAUUUACCGAAGUAUCUCUCGGAUGUUAUGCGUUUCGAUGUUGAGAAAAAUGGACUGUACAGUUCGUUGCCGCAAGUUCUAAACUUCUUUAGUGCUAUGGGAUUCGGCGUUCUGAGUGACAUUUGUAUAAAUCGGAAAAUUUUGUCUGUGAGAAAUACGAGAAGAUAUUUCACUACAGCUGGAAUAACUGGACUUGCGGUUUGCUUCAUUCUGGCAUCGUAUUCCGGAUGCAAUCGUUUAAGUGCAAUUCUGUUCUUCUCAUUUGCUUCUGGAUUCGCUGGUCUUGACAACAGUCGCGUGAAUAACAUGGAUCUAAGUCCGAACUAUGCACCAACAAUAAUUUCAAUAGUUAACAGUUGUGGAUCGGCCAUGGGAAUUCUAGCGCCUCUUGCUGUUGGACUACUAACACCAAAUGCUACCAUUUAUGAAUGGAGAGUCGUAUUUUGGAUGGUUUUUGGCAUUCUACUGGGAACCGGCUUAAUCUACCUGCUGUUCGCUGAUGGUGAAGUGCAGCAUUGGAAUGAUCCGAAAAAAUCAAAACAACGGACGGACGAUAAGGAGAGUCCCGAGGACAGUUUUGAUAAAAAUGUCUCUAGCAGUAGCAAAUUUUGAUGUUCCUUGGAUAUGUCGGUUAAAUAAAGUAAAAACAAAAACCUUAAAACACUUGCG